AUGUACGGCCAGAGCCACCAGGGCCAGCAUGUCAUGAUGAAUGGUGGCCAGGCCCACCAGCGAUUUGGCAUGCAGAUGCCCAAGUUCCAGUCACAAACUCAUCACCCACACCAUGCCCAGCAACCUCAUCACCACGGCCACCAUGCCCAGGCCGCCCAUAGCCUCGCUCACCAACACAACUUCACUGGCGGAGCCCUGGCCUCCACCACGCCACACUUUACUCCCUCCCACCUGCAGAACGGUGCGCCCGGCAAUGUCGACGAGGACCUAGAUGAGUCCAUGAACGAACACUGGCAGCAACAGCUCCAGCUGGCAGCAGAAUCCCGACAGGCCAGCUCCCCUCACUACUAUGCUCGUGUCAUGGCACAGCAGUCGAAGGGCAUCCAGAUCAUACCGAACCAGACCGAGGUGCAGGAGAAUGGGGCGGAUGGACGCAAUGGCAUAGUCCCAGCCAAGUCGGCAUCCCGGCAAGGCUGGAACGCGCUCGACUUUGGCGGGCAGGGUUUGCGCGCCAUGUCCACCUCCCUGUUCAACUACGUUUUCCUGGAACGGCUCUACCUGAACCACAACAAGCUUAAAUCGCUUCCCGCCGCCGUUGGUCAGCUUCGGAAACUGAACCACCUGGACCUGUCCGGCAACGAUCUUACCGAGCUCCCGGAGGAGAUCGGCAUGCUUUCGUGCUUGAAGAAGCUUCUUCUCUUCGAUAACAACAUCCGUACUCUUCCCUACGAGAUGGGUUAUCUCUACCGACUGGAAACUCUGGGCAUCGAGGGCAACCCGCUCAAUGAAAUACUCAAGUCUCAGAUCAUGAAGGAUGGAACCAAGGCUCUGAUCAAAUAUCUGCGGGAGGAAAUGCCAGUUCAACUACCUCCCCCCGAUCGAGACUGGGUCAUCCUAGACGAGACUGCGAGCUCGAACAACAGCCCUGCGGAGAAGAUUACCGUCCUGUCCUACAACACUCUCUGCGAUUCCUCCGCUACACAAUCUCACUACGGCUACACCCCGUCCCGUGCUCUCUCCUGGGAGUACCGCCGAGAGCUGAUCCUCAGUGAAUUGCGGUCUCACAGCUCCGAUAUCGUCUGUCUUCAAGAGGUAGACCAAGGCAGCUACAAUAACUUCUUCCGGGAGCAGCUAGCAUACAAUGACUACAAGGGCGUGUACUGGCCGCGGGGACGAGCGAUGGGCAUGCAAGAGGAUGACGCCAGGACAGUGGAUGGUUGCGCUACUUUCUUCAAGGGAAGCAAGUACAUCCUGCUGGAUAAGCAACUGAUCAACUUUGGCCAAACAGCUGUGCGGCGACCCGAUGCCAAAGGUCAGGAUGACAUCUACAACCGGCUGUGGCAGAAGGACCAUAUCGCCGUUGUGAUCUUCUUGGAGAACCGGCAAACCGGCGCACGGUUCAUUGUUGUGAAUGCCCAUCUGUACUGGGAUCCCGCGUUCAAAGAUGUCAAGCUUGUCCAGACGGCCAUUUUGAUGGAGGAGAUUACGAAGCUCUCGGAUAACUACGCCAAGUGGCCUGCCUGCACGGACAAGACUGCGUUCCGUUUCUCCGAGGCGGAGAGUGGUGCAGAGAACCAGCCUCAGGUGGAACCGGCCCCAUCCAUGGAGUAUACCAGUGGUGACCAAAUCCCGCUGUUCAUGUGCGGUGACUUCAACUCGUCUCCCGGCUCCGCUGCAUACAACUUGAUUGCCAACGGACGGCUGACACAGGAUCAUCCUGAUCUCGAGAAUCGACUGUACGGCAACCUCAGCAAGGUUGGCAUGACGCAUCCUUUCAAGCUGAGGUCGGCGUAUGGUUCUAUCGGGGAGCUGAGCUUCACCAACUACACGCCGGACUUCAAGGACAUCCUCGACUACGUGUGGUUCUCAUCCAACACGCUGCACGUGUCCGCACUUCUCGGCGAAGUGGACAAGGACUAUCUUCGGCGCGUGCCGGGAUUCCCCAAUUUUCAUUUUCCUAGUGAUCAUGUCGCAUUGUUCGCGGAGUUUACUGUCAAGGGGAAAAAGGGCAAGGUUGUGGAGGCGGAUUUUGGGCCGCAACGGCACUAA